AUGAAGCUAAAUCUUUUAUUUCUGCUAGUAGCAGCUCUGGUGAUAAGUUCUCAAUGUAAACCAUUGGAAACUGAACCCUAUACUCCACAAAAUCCGUCACAAGAUGGUCCUGCUCCAAAUAAUGGGCAUCAUAAAGUCGAUCUUCGUUUUGGAUCUCGCUCAGCACCCCCAUUUACACAGGACAAUCCAAAUUAUGGCUUUCAAGGAUCUUUUUCUGGCUUCAGAUCGGAUUGGGAAUCAUCCGGAGCCGGAAAUUCUAACUGGGGAUCUCCUGGAUCCGGAAAUUCUGGCUGGGGAUCGACUGGAUCCGGAUAUUCUGGCUGGGGAUCGACUGGAUCCGGAAAUUCUGGCUGGGGAUCGACUGGAUCCGGAUAUUCUGGCUGGGGAUCGACUGGAUCCAGAUAUCCUAGCUGGGAAUGA